CCAAAGGUUGUCCCUUGACAAUGAUCAAAGAUCCUUGUACCACUUCCAGAACCAGAAGCAAGAAGAGCAAUGGUUGAGGACCUUCUUCCACCAUAUGAUAGUGAGGAGCAGGUCCCCUAUGAUUUCUUGGUGGAGCAAACAGAAGGAUAUUCAGGCUCAGAUAUUCGUUUACUGUGUAAAGAGGCAGCAAUGCAGCCCUUGAGACGCUUGAUGUCACAACUUGAACAGAGACAAGAGCUGGUGCCUGAAGAAGAGUUGCCAAAAGUGGGGCCAGUCAAACCAGAAGACAUAAAGGUAGCUUUGAAGAACACACGGCCAUCUGCUCAUCUGCUUGCUUCCAGAUAUGAAAAGUUCAAUGAUGAUUACGGUAGUCAAAUUCUGCAUUGACAACAUGUCAACAUGUAGCUUCGGUAAGUUGGUAGCUUUUCCGAUCGUAUUACGCGUUCUUACCACACGACGCAAGUUUCCUUGAGUUAGACUACGUAAAUUUAUUGCUGUCAUAUCUUGAAUUUGCCAAUACAUGCACCCCCGUGAAAACUGAGAAGUGCACUAAUUCUGGCGUUUGACGAAGGAGCACAAAGGUGAGAAAAAAGAAGUCAUGCAGAAUGUCAUGGUUUUUCUGGAGAAAAAAAUAAUAAAAAUUGAAGGCAUUAGUUGCAUGUUUAGCUGCAUACUUUUAUUUGUAACACCCGCACCUUGCUUUUCUUUUCAACUAUUUGGUAUCUGAUUAGUAUUAUCAAACUUAAGUAGCUUUCAUAACUGUUUUUUUUUUUUGUCAUUCAACUAUUUGUAUCACGCUUUUACCAAGACACACGGUAUCAGAUAUA